CCCACUAUGCAGCUCCUAGAGUCACCUUCUCCACUGCCACCUAUCACUGACACCAACCAGAGCAAGUCUCUUCUUUCUAGUCUCUUGAAAUCUGGGGCAGGAUAGAAAAGCCAAUGGCCAGUGGGAUGUCAGAAGUGUUCCAUUCCCUCUUAAUCGGCUUAUGUUUCAAGAUCUUGGCCUCAGGGCCAUGGCUGAGCCACAGCUCCCAACUUGGGCCACAGCGAUGCCAAGGUAGAUCUUGGAGUGGCCUUAUCCCCCCAGAUUUCCAUCAGCUCUUGCAAUUUUUUUGAGAUUCCUUAUAUCUUUUAAGAAGAGCUAUGUAAGUGCUACUUCAUGCUACAACCCAUGUACACGCACACACCCCUUGUAACCAGGUUCCACCCCCUUAGUCCUGGCUUCCAUGACUUAUACUUACAGAUUUUUCCUAACAGGGCCUCCGAAGCCAUUGGCCAAACUGCUUCUCUUGGCUUAACCAGGAGUUCAUCUGGGUCAGACUUUCUCUCAAAACACACAUGGUCUCUUUAGCUAUCAACCACGUCAGAUGAGGUUUGGCCCAUGGCAUAGGGCAGUGCUGCAUUCCCAGCCACACCCAACCCCUGUGCCAUCUAACCUCCACUCUUGUUUCUCAAAGUACUAAGGUGACCACCCCAGACCCUCCCUUUCUUGGGACCACUGGGGGCUUUGUCGCUCCCGGCUCCAUCAUCAGAGAUCCUGUCUCAGGGCCCAGUCUUUUGGAUCCCAUCUCUCACUAUUGGAGUUUUCUUCUGGGGUCACCUUUUCUUCCCAGAGGACACCAAGCCAGACCUCCAAUGAGAAGACUCCAUUGUAUGGGGUAGGGGUGAGGGUAGUGGGAGAAGUGUUCCUCUUCCAGUGAUAGAAUACAGGGCCAGGAAUAUGGGAUCAUUAUUUCUCUCCUGCUCGGGACUUCCUGCUCAGCCCUUCUCUGGCCCUACCCCCAUCCUGUGUUCCUAAGUGCCAGGCCCGUGUAGUCUCCUUCUUCCAACUGCCCCCCAUCUAGGGAUUUCAUUCAAAGUCCCAUGCCUACCUAUCCUGGUUAUGCAGACACUUAGCUUAAGAGGAGACAGGACACCUAGGUGGCUCAGUCAGUUCAGCAUCUGACUUUGGCUCAGGUCAUGAUCUCAUGGUUCAUGAGUUCAAGCCCCACAUUGGGCUCUGUUCUGAAAGUGCAGAGUCCGCUUCAGAUCCUCUGUACCCCUCUAUCUCUGCCCCUCCCCCACUCAUACACACACACACACACACACACACACACACACACACUCUCUCUCGCUCGCUCGCUCACUCAAAAAUAAACAUUAAAAAAAAAGAGGAGUGCUCAACAAUACCUCUGGGCAAGAGGCCUCUUAAAAGUCAAUGUCAGAAUAUUCUUUCCUGGAGCCACAUAGCAAGGACCGUUAGGGUGGGCAGAGGGUAGACCUCAUUACAUUUGGACUAUAGCUGACACCUGCUGGUGCGCCUUCACUUUCUCCUCCUUCCUGGAAAAGCUGCUCUGGCUUCUAGGUUGGUGGAGUCCUACACGGGACCCUACCUCAUGGGAGCUCUCUGGGCAGGAAUUCCCAGGACUGGCUCUUUCUAGCCAAAUGGGGAGGGGUAGUACCCAGAGUCCCACUUUCCCCCAAAACUAAUUCCUUACAAGUUGUAAAGAAGGCUUCAACCUCUCCUUCCCCACCUCUUCUUCCGUUACCAGCACCAACACCACCAUUGAAACUCCUUGAGAAAACUCCAGCAAACUGGCCCAAGUUAGUAUGUUGUUACCCCUGAUGCUCAGUCUUUUUAUUAGAUCAAGUUUGUUCUUCCCCAUCCCCACUCUCUCAUUCAUUCACAGACACCCGGGACACUGGGGACCCUGGGGCAAGCAAAGACUGUAGGAAGGUGGACACUCUCUCCUUAAUCAUGUUCCUGGCUCCUCUAAGAUUAGAAAGUAAUUGAAGAUGUCUGCCUUAAUGUCUUCCUUUCCUCCUUUUCUGUAUGCAUAGCUAGUUACUUUCCUGUUAUUAUCUAAAUAUACAGAGUAGUCUGUGUCAUUUUAUUAAUCUUCCUGUGUAAGCCGCAGUAAAGACUGCAAGCCCAGUCACCAUCCUUCAUUACCAUUCAUUCAGAAAAUAUCUACUGAGCCCGGACUAGGCGCCCGGCAUUGUUUCAACCACCUCCUCAGCCUGGUCUCCUCCUUAUAUCCCACCCCCCAUGAAAAGCUCAUCACAAUUGCCUGGAAAGUCAUAUAUCCUUUGAUUAAUUCUGUUUUAUUAACCUAAGGAGAAAUAAAGCUUUUCUCAACCUCUCAAAUUCUAAUUAUUUUUUUACAGUGGAUUAACUGGGACUUAUUUUGAAACUGCUCACUUAGUCCUAACAGAAUCAGAAAUCAGUUUUUAAAGGGUCGAUCUUUGCUCAUACUUUAAAGACAGAUGCUACCAACUGUAAAAGAAAAAGGUCGUCCUGAGUGGCUAAUGGGGGAGGGGGGGGAGAAAAAAUGUCCUACGGUAGGUAGGUCGGAGCUAACAGCUCCGGCUUUCCAGCUAAUGAAAGUCAAACCAGGAAAUGGGUUUAGAAAUACACAGCGAAUGGGUAGAAAUUAGGAUGCAAAGAGAUCUUUGUAGAGAGGGGUUUCUUUCAGGGGCUUGGUUGGACUUGCUGAUGAGAGCUUUUGCAACUGAAGUUGACUUAGAAAUCAUAUGUGUGUGGGCUUUACAAACCUACACAUAACACCUAUGCUUUUUAAACCAGAAUAGUCAAAAACACAUGUAUUUUCACACUGUUUGGUGGAAACUCUGGCGGGCUAUGGAAGGGUGCUGGGGUCACUUCUCGUUUUAUUUACCCCCCUUGGUAGGAGCUGGGGGCAUCUUUCCCACCCCCACCUUGCCCAGCACAGAAUGUCACAUCCUCCUGGAGAGCAGCGCUCAGGCCCAAGCUCCUUUUCUGGGCUUUCUCAGCAGGAAAGCGCACUCCCUCCUCCUCUCUUAGGCUCUCCCUCCAGUGGGAGUGGCGGCGUGGGGGUGUAGCUUUGUGCUCAGGUUUGGGCUCAGGGACUCGAGCCCUGUGGGAGUAGGGACAUCUGACUUCCUGGGCUUGGGUUCCUUGAGAGCCUCAUUUGCUUCCUCACACCCUGUCCCCUUCACACCAGGGCUGUUUUAUUGUUUUAUAACCUUCUUUAGAGCUUCAGUUGCCAAAGAUUCCGAUGGGGCUAUUCUCCAGUUUCUCACUUUACCAAACCCCAAGUCUUGCUGUUUUAAGCAGUUUGGUCACUUGCAAAGGCUCCCCUUUCAGAUCUAAGCAAAUUAUAGAAACCUCUAGGCAUGUGGCUACCUUCACCUUUCUCACUGAGUCCAUCCACAACAAUACAGAUCCAAGUGUUAACUCCAACUGCCCCCCACAAGCCCACCCAGCCUCUCCCUCACCACCCUUUUUCUGUUGAAGUUUGAACAAAAUCUCAAAUAACUUCUGGUAUAAACAAGUAAGAGGUAACCUUUGAUUUUCCUCUUUAUUUACCACAUCUAGAGCUAGAAAAUGAUUGAAAUAAAGGAGCUGAUGGUACUCACAGUGAAUGCAGCCAAAGAAUCAUAAGACAUGCCCACCAACCAGUCUUUUCGAAAUAGCCCUAUCUCCCAACUUAAAGAGACUUCUCUGAAAAGAUGCUAUUUGAAAAGCCCAGGGUAUUGAUAUGAAUAUGACCCCCCUUGCAUCCUGAAUAUUUGGAACUAUUUAAGUGUGAGAGAACAGUUUCAGUGAACCUUUAUUUAGUGAAUAAAAGUUUAAAGCCGAGGGUUAUUUAUGGUUGUGCAGAGAUGAGACCUGAGUGGCUAUUUACGAGCACGUGAUUCCAAUAAACUUUGUUUUAUGGCUUGAGAGUUGACAAGCCAAAAUAUAAUUCCCACCAUAAAUUAGGUUAAGAGCAUACAAGUGCAGAUGCUUGGUUCUUGGAGCAGCGAUAGGGAAGUGAGAGGCUCCAGCUAGCGCCAGGCUCAGAAGGAGACAGUUUGACUCCCAGUUCCCCUGCCCACUGGGAGAAAAAAACAGUAAGUCACUUACUACUUUUUCCAGGACAACUCCAGGGGUGGGAGAUUUCUCUGCCUUGUCUUUUCUGCCUGGGGUGAGGAGAAGUCCCAUCGAAAUUACUGUUCAUUUUAGCCUAAACCUAAAUUAACAAAUAGAAUGGGACUCCUGGGCUCUUCCCCUCCCUUCGGGACAUAGAAAGUUAGGAACUGAGGGCUCCUACCUCACAAAAGGGACUUACUGUCUCUCUCUUCCUCAUAAUGGAGCAUCUGCUUCAGACGGGAAUGAAACUGUGGUAGUCUAGGUGGAGAGAGUGGCGGGGGGAGGGAGAGAGAGAGAAAGGAUAAGGAUGGAGAUGGCUUUGCCUCUGAGACUUCUCAGGGAAGACUGCCAUCAUAGAAGGGAUGAAAACUUAAAGCUGGACACCAGCCCCUGUGAGGAUCACCGCUUUGCUUUGUGGGCUCUCCAGAAGCAAUACUGACAAAAUACUGCCCGGUCCAUAGAGCUGCAUAACAAUCUAAAGCAUUGCCAUUUACCUUCAAACCCAUCGAUUUUCCUCCUCCUUCGUUAUCAUUUGAAUCCUCAUUUCCCUUGGAAAUUGCUCUUUGUUUUGAAUUGGAGCAGGAGUGGGAAGGCAAGUCCCAGUCAUGCCUGGUCCUUCUUUGGGAAGGAGAAGACAGGUUUGGGGGGCGCUAGUUGGGGCUGAGGAAUUUGAAACUAAUCUGAAACUGGCAAAAGGGGUUGAAUUGCUCCCAGCGCGAGGCAGACAGGGCGCUGGGGCAGGGGACAGAUGCAGCGGCUGCCCCCUCCCCAGUGGACUUGCGCCCACCCGGCUGAUUGUGCAGAAGGAAAAACACAAAGGCCCAUUUUCUCCUCGCUUCCCGUUUUCCCACUGGGGAAACCCUGUUACAGGCAGCCCCAGUCUGGCCAAGCAACCAGUAAGGUUUUGCCCAAGGGUGCAUGGAGUGGGGGAGGUGUUGGGGACCAUACUCUGCUACUCCCCGGGUCUGCCCUUGAGGACUGCGGUCUCCCGCUCCGCUCCGCGGAGAACUUGGCGCAGUUCCUGGGGGCGGCACCCGAAGCAGGGAGGUCUGGGUAUUGGUGGGGUGUCUGGGCCUUGUCAUUUUUCUGUGUAUCCUCUACCUCUGCUUCAUUAUCCUGUGGAAUUUAAGUGACCCCCGUUUUCAUUGCAACAGGUUCGGGACCAUGAGAGGCUGCGGCUACGAAGGAAAGCAAGAAAAACGUAACCCUCUACGGCUCCGGGUGUGUGCAGUUGGCCCGCUUCCGGGAAGGAAGGGCUGCGAAUUCUGAGCUGUAAGUGGAAAUCCCUCCUCGCCCCUCCCCCGGCCACAGCUCCAGACGUUUGGGCUGUGGGCUGGGGACACGGGCUGAGCAAGGAGGGAGAGAUACGAAGCUUCUGGUUCACUUCUGUUUCUCUGUAACUGCAAUUCGAGAAUUUUCGCGCCAGAGCCGCUAGUGUUGCAAGCAAACGUGGUUUUGGUGGUGGUAGUGGUGGUAGAGUUGCGGUGGGGGCAGAGAUUCUUGGGGUCCUGGGCUCAGAACUUUGGAUCUUUCUGAGUUGCAUGUGCCGCGGAAGACAGGUACAUUUCUGAGGAGGCCUGUGGGGUCUCCAGGAAGACUAUCCCAUUUAAGUUGAUGGUAGUGGCGGGAGAACCGAGGAAAAGAUAGUGACCCUUCCCUUACUGCAAAAUGGAGAUGACUUUAUUUUAAUGGGAGAUGGGAUGAAGGAAGGCGGUAGGAGCCAGGCACCCAUCCUCUCUGGUGAGACACCCUCUCUUCAGGGUGGAAGAAACUGGUGCUUGGCUCUGGGCCAGGUUUCUUUGCCUUCCAGGAUGGGCAGCCUAGUUGAGUUCCCGGGGGCUGUGUUCACCCCCAGGAGUGGAGAUACCACCCAGUUCAUAAUUCCUCUCUAUUAAUCAGGCUGGCUUAAGUGACACCGACUCUGGGCUCCAGGCUGGAAAAUCUGGUGUCCCCAGGACACCCCGGUUUUGCCCCCUUCCUGCUGCUGCCCCUGCUCUGGGUGCUUAUCUCUGCCAGGGCUCUUCGCUUGCAAACCCAUUCGGCACCCUGUAGCUGAACACAGCACAAAAAGCCCGAGAGAUCAAAAGCAUUUGUAUGGGCAGUUGAGCGGGAGGUGAAUAUUUAACGCUUUUGUUCAUCAAUAACUCGUUGGCUUUGACCUGUCUGAACAAGUGGAGCAAUAAGGUGAAAUGCAGGUCACAGCGUCUAACAAAUAUGAAAAUGUGUACCCUCACCCGGGUCCCCACCCGGCCCAGCAGGCUCCCCCAAUUUGUCUGGAUAAAGCCUAGGCCCAGUGUCCCCAGGCAGGUGGGUAUGUGGGAGCACUCGGCAUUAAGGGAAGUUGGGGGGAACCACCCCCUUCAACAAGGAAAUUUGGCUUGGGGCAGCCUCAGACUCUGGUUAGAAUUGGCACCCAGGAAAUCCCUACAAAAUAGCCACAGCACUGGAACCAAAGGAUGGGGGGUGGGGUGGGGAGCAUGCAAAGUGCAGAGUAGAAGCAGGCAGCCAAUUUUGCCAGGCUGAGAGGCAGAAAGGCGUUUCUCUGCUCUACCCCACCAGAUGAAGGCUGAGGCUGAAACUAAUUUUUGAAUCACAAGGAGGAAAUUAAAACAAUCAAAACAAUUUUUUUCUAGCACCUCUGGCCUAUGCUCACAGAUCCAAAAGCCGGACUUGAGCCCGGGGCAUCCUUCUGCCCCUGAAAUCCAUCCCGGCCCUGAGUGAGUCUGUGUUCUUGGUGCCCUAAACCAAGGGGUGAGCCCUAGACAGCGCUGAGGCACUGGGGCGGGCGGGUGCAACUCAUGAACUUUUGUACUCUUGUGUGCUGCUGUCGGCAAAGCAAAAAUAAUGAAACUUUGUGAUAUGUUUGUAAAUGAUUUCGAAUGACCCCUCGCCCUGCCCUUCACCAUUAGCACGCCGACCCCAGCCCAGGGCAGCUUGGUGCCUGCAAGCAGUGCCUGCCGCAGGGUCUGCAGCUCAGGACGGAGAGGCCAGCCCGGCACAGGGCCCAGGAAGAAGAGUGUCCUGUCUCCUUGGCUGCUCGGUAACUCUGGCCCUGGUGCAAGGAUGGGGAACUCGUUGCUGCAAAUUGUCACCGAGCUCUUCAAGCUACCUGAACCCUCUCUGAAAGUGCGAGUGGCUGCGUCGGGCCGGUGAUGGCUCCGAGGAAGAGGCCGGGGCUGGCAGCGGUCUGGGUACCCACUCUAGGUGAAACCCGGAGGUAGUAACGUUGUCUAUAUAUACCCUGUAGAACCGAAUUUGUGUGGUAUCCACAUAGUCACAGAUUCGAUUCUAGGGGAAUAUAUGGUCGAUGCAAAAACUUCAUGUUUCUCCGAAAUAGCCAUAGUCGGAAGCUGAGGCCAGAGGCAGCCGGGUGCGGGUCAGUUUCCUUUCUGUUUUAUUACCUUAGACUCCAGGAAGAUGGACUGAGCCUGGUGACACAGGGGGAGCCUUUUCCCUGAAGCCCCUCACGUUUAAGCAGAGGUCCCCGUGUAAACCCUUAAUUGGUUGCAUGAAUGCAGGGCCAAAGGGCUAGCUUUUGGGGAACUGGGGAGCAAGGUGGAAAGCCAGGUACCCCCAGCCCCAACUCUGCCCUCAAGGAGCAUGAAGUGAGGUCAGAGGGUGUCCAGUGAGGAGGCUCACAGGUCGUUGACUGCCACGUGGGAAAAGGGAGUGCAGGGUCCUUUGGAGCCUAUCUGGGUGAGGUGGGGGUACCAUCAUCACCUUCCAGGCCCACCCCUCAGCUGUAUGAGCUGGGUGGAGGGCGGUCUUGCCAUACCUGUAAGACCGACUUUGGCUAAAAGCACUCCAUCCUGGGCACUCACAGCAAGCUUGGCAGUUACUCAUCGCCUGAUUUGAUUCGGGCCCGCCAGACUGUUGUAACUUUUGGGUGACCCUGAGGAAGACAAAGCCGGGACUCGGCCUUUGUAUGGCAGAGUCCCCGUUCCCGCGGGCGGGAGCCCUGCCUGCCUGGGGUACUCUGCCCAACUCAGAGGCUGCCUCACCCACCGGCCUUUUGGCAUUCUGCAGCCUGACAGAGUUGGGGUUUCAUUCCCCCUUGAACUGUACCCAUUUUGGGGGGCUGUAUUUCAGCAGGGGUGAGUGGAGAGGACACUGGAGGUUAACAAAGUCAGUGGCAGACAAAAGCUGGGAUUACCUGCCAGGAAUGAGGGUGCGGGGAAUUGGAGAACUACACUAACAUCUGGUGGGGGCCCUCAAAUGUGCCAUGGUGAGUCACUUGAUUACACGUAUGUUAUUUAGUUAAAUUUGUGAAAAUUAUGAGAUGCUUACCAACCCGGUGAUAAACUCGCUUCCUCGCUAUUGGCUGGCUUGGUCACAUGGCCGCCAACUUUAUUCAGUUGACAGCAAGUAGGAGGGCCCUAUGGAAGGAGAAAAAAAGACAACACGAGAAAAAUUAGUAUUUUCUACCUUCUGAAAUUAAUGGCCAUGAGUUCGUAUAUGGUGAACUCCAAGUAUGUGGACCCCAAGUUCCCUCCGUGCGAAGAAUAUUUGCAGGGCAGCUACCUAGGCGAGCAGGGCGCCGACUACUACAGCGGAGGCGUGCAGGGUGCAGACUUCCAGCCCCCGGGGCUCUACCCACGGCCCGACUUCGGUGAGCAGACCUUCGGAGGCGGCGGGCCCGGGCCCGGCUCGGCGCUACCCACUCGGGGUCACGGGCAAGAACCCGGCGGCCCCGGUGGCCACUACGGAGCCCCAGGAGAGCCGUGCCCCGCGCCCCCGGCGCCGCCGCCCGCGCCUCUGCCCAGCGCCAGGGCCUGCAGCCAGCCGGGCGGCCCCAAGCAGCCGCCCCCCGGGACGGCACUCAAGCAGCCCGCGGUGGUCUACCCAUGGAUGAAGAAGGUGCACGUGAAUUCGGUGAACCCCAACUACACUGGCGGGGAGCCCAAGCGGUCUCGGACGGCCUACACCCGGCAGCAAGUCCUAGAACUGGAAAAAGAAUUUCAUUUUAACAGGUAUCUGACCCGGCGCCGUCGGAUUGAAAUUGCUCACACCCUGUGUCUCUCUGAGCGCCAGAUCAAGAUCUGGUUCCAGAACCGGAGGAUGAAGUGGAAAAAAGACCACAAGCUGCCCAACACCAAAGGCAGGUCCUCGUCCUCGUCCUCCUCUUCCUCCUCCUCCUGCUCCUCCUCAGCUGCCCCAGGCCAGCAUUUGCAGCAGCUGGCCAAGGACCACCACACGGACCUGACGACCUUGUAGAAGUGGGGACCCUGGGCCUAUUCCUCCCUGCGCUCCCGGCUGAGCCGAAGCUGCGGGGGCAGGCCAGGCUUGCUGUCACCUCCCUGGGCUCUAAGGUACUGUGGGGUGGACCUGGGAUACGCAGGCCGCCCUCGGACUAGGUUAGCAUCCUGCCCGAGGGCAGCCCCCUCCCUGAAGCGGGAUGGGGGUGGGAGGGGGGCGGGAUUCUCUAAGUAUAUUAUCAUAUGGCAGGAGCUACUGAGAACAUAAACCUUGGCGAGUCAUUAAACUUAUGAAAAUCUCUGCUGUUGGAUUUUGGAUUUGCAAAUGAAGGUUGGAUGCUUUAUCCCAGUGUGAAUUUGAACAUCCUCCCCCACCCCACCCCUCCAGGGAUCUUGGUGGCUUAAUAAAGUGGGGGAGUUGAGGCAGCAGGUUGGCCAUCCCUGUGCUAGGUGCUUUCAGUGGAAACAGGAAAGCUGGGCCAGGAUUUCUGAACUUUCUGGGUUAUCUGUAUAAUUUCCGGUGUGAAAAAAAUAUUUUGCUCCCGGUGGCCCCAUGCCCAAAGAAAUGAGUCUAAGAAGGAAGUGGAAAUGGGUUGGGUUAUUUUAUGUUUAGAUUAUAUUUGCUUAAAUAUUUAUUUGUUGGGGGAUGGGGGACAGAAAUAACUGACAUCUUAAUGCCAAAAAUCUUAAGAAGGUGAAAGGGGCUGAGUUUCAGGGAGAAGAAUCAGAGAUGUGUGGACUAACUUCUGGCUCUAACCGGCAUUUUGAACUCCACCCCUCCCCACUCCCCGGAAAUGUGUGUAGGGGGCCCUUAACCCUUUUAGAGGGAAGCAAAGGGUCCACUCAAAGUUGAGUUCUUGAAAAUAUAUUUCCACAUGUGCUUUUUUCAGCACUGUGCUUACAACUAGUUCUGGGUGAUUAAAGGAAAGGGAAAAGAGAAAGAAACAAAUGGUCCAACAUUUUCCUUCUGGGGAAAGAAAACAACACCUCUAUGUUCUGGGUCAUUAGAUAGUGACUGAAUUUUCUAUUCCAACUGGAUUCCAAAUGCUGGAUUCCAAAUAACCCAUGUAGCAGUAUUUUAUAGGAAUUGGUGUACGGCCUAUAUGGGAGAGGGGGUGUGUGGUGGGGAGAAAGUGGGAAGGUGGGGAAAUCUUGCUGUAAAAAAGAAAGAGAACACUAAUUGAAUCUAGAAGCCCACAAAAGUUGGUCUUAGGGUUUUUUUCCCUGAAGUUUUUUUAUUUUUUAAACAAGUGUAAGGAAGUUUUUCUCAACCCAUUGAUUAGAAGCAGAGAUUGUAAAAGUAUAAAAGUUUUAGGCCCUCCUCCUUGCCUUAAGAAUAGUGGUUUCAUAACAAUCACUCUCAAACAACAGAGGAGUGAUGUUCUUUAGUCAUUUUUCUUAUGCCUUGCCUGAGGAUUCAAGGCUCAUUUUUCUAAAAUGCUGACCCUUAAGGCUAAGGGGUGUGUGGGGGGGGGGGGGGGAAGAGUCAAAGGGAAUGGCCAGAGUUCAUAUACUCAAAUGAAACAGACUUUGGAAGUUUAAACCCCAAAGCUGUGGGCUCCAAAAAGAAACCCCUGGUUGUAGCUACCAAAAAGUGACAAAAGAGGGGAGGGAAAAAGGAUGAGCUUGAAAGAGAGAUUAAGAAUUGGAGCUAUUUUUUUUUUCAGUGCUUCAGAAUGCUUUAUAAAGUUCAGAGAUAAUUUUUUAAAUAUAUUUAAGUGGAGGGAGAAAAAAAAAGACUUUUUCUGCACGCAUGUUCUUUGGUGUCUCCUGAGAGCCGAGAGCAGGUAUUCACUGGAGUCCCUAGGCUGAAAUUCCACUUCUCUAAAGUAUCUUCCAAGCCUUGGUCUUUUGUAUUAGACCCUGGGGACAGCUCUUUGUUCCUCCUUGGGGUGAGCCUGGCUCUCAGACUUGCACAUGGCAAUACUUGAAUAUCGCCACGUCGGGAUAUUAAAGAUGGAUAUUCCUGCAUUAUUCGCAUCAUUGUUUCUAUGACAAAAAGCAAAGAGUUCAUACAUAGUCAAGACGUCUUUUUUCUGACGCCCUCACGUUGAGAAGCUGAAAAGGUAUUUUACUGAAGUUCGGCUAAAUUACAGAAUCAGGUUCAUCCAGAGGACAAAUUUUCUAUUCGAUUAGCUGUAUUUCAGCCGGGAGGACUGACCUCUAAACCCUUAACCUUUUGGACUCUAACUACCCUUCUCUUCUUUUUUUCCCCCUCUAAUGGGGAGAGCAGUCUUUGGAUGUAGCAUUUGAAAAGAGCCGCUAUCGUUAGAGGCAAGUUGGAAAGUUGCUAAGAUUCUUUCCUAAAGCCCAAAUCUGUGAAUAUAUUGAACCUUCUCCUUGGGAGGGGGGAAAAGUAUAUAUUUUCACGACACCCAACUACAUAUAUAUUAUAAAGAUUAUUAUAUAGAUUUCCCCAUUCCCAGAAGUUCAGGUUAUCUACCCCAGCUUCAGACCAAAUGCCAAAACUGCUUCACUGACUUCACCCAUGUCCCAGAGGAAAGCCAAGAGGCAUGUUUUGAUGAAGAAAACCCACCUUCUUCUCAAACAUAGCUUCACUACUUUGAAAAGUAACUUAAUCAGAGAAACAACUUCUUUGUUUAUAAGUCUCAGUUCUCAGUUUCCAGGGAUUGUCUUUUGAAAUGUUAAUGGAGCUUGGAUGGCCCAGGGGGCAGUCCUCAACCCUGUGGUCCCAAUCGUACCCCAGCGUCCGUUUGGGCCCACAGGAGUGGGGCAGGGGAGAGGCAGCAGCACCCCCCCCCCCCUUCUCAAAACCACCUAGGGCAGGGAAGGAAAUGAGUUUCCAUCUGGGAACACACUCUGGAGAAACCUAGAUGUGGAAAGGCUCAGUGCCCAUUUGCUUUCAUUUGUUUCCAGUUUGUUCCCCCAAAUAUGAGCCAGAAGUGUUUGUUUUGGUGUUGUUUUUUUUUUAAGCUGUGUUGGGGUCGUGACUGGGGAGGAGUGAAGUGUUUACUGAGGACAUUGCUCCUCAGACUCCCAUCUCACUUUGUCCAUUGCAGCCUUUUGUUGGGAGAUGACAUUGUCUGUCAGCCCCAUGGUGUCUGUUCACACAGGAUGCUUUUUUAAUAGAAUUGACCAAUGUUCUGCUGCCACUGAUUAAAGUAUUAUUUAUACUAAUUGUUGCCUGUAGUUUUGAUGUAAUUCAUUGAUCUAUAUUUGAAAUAAUAAAAGGUGUAGCGAAACUUC